GGUCAGAGAACCAGCGAUUCAGUGAAACGGUGCUCCGGAGGCUGGACCGAGGAGCGUUACCGGGGGUAGAAACGUACUUUUUACCGGCUACAGCACGACGGGGGUGGCGGUGGAUGAUAGAGGGGGGGCAGAGGUAAUAAAGUACAAUGAACGACGCAGAGAAGGAGGGGAAUGUGGCCGCAGACGGGAUUCAGAGACCGGGACCGGGUGAGCUGCUUCACACGGCCGCCUCUGAGAACCACAACCACUAUGACAACAGCGGCUCCGGUAACGGUACCGGUACCGGCGACGAGCUGGUGAGCUCCGUGACGCUGUACCGGCGCAGGACCCGGCUCCUACACGGCACGGUGCUCCCGUUCCUGGCGGUGCUCUACCCGGGCUGGCUGUACGUGUGGCUCGGAGUGUACGGAGCCAACGAGUAUCCGGAGGCAGGCCUCCUGUCGCUGGCCGCUAUCGGGAUCGCGCACGUCCUCACGGCACUCUCCGGUUAUUGGUCCGUGCACGCGCACUGCUGGCUCACUUGCUCCAAGGAACCAGACCCAGAGAAGGCUACGCUGGCUAAGGUCAUACCCACCCCCAACAACGGUUCUGCCGAGCUCGUGGCACUACAGAGGGACCAGGAUGAGAAUGGUGAGGGGAUUUUAUCUUUUGAGUUUCAAAAGAUCCGCUACAUAUUCGACCACGGGGAGAAGAAAUGCUUCCUUCCGAUAGCAUUUCCCAUAAACAACCCAAUGGGCAACUUUCAGUCCUGGCGUGGCUACCAGGAGGAGGUCGAACUCAGAGCUGCAGAAAAACGCUACGGCACCAAUCGCGCUGAGAUGAUGGUGCCGGAUUUCCUAGAGCUCUUCAAAGAGAGGGCCACAGCUCCCUUUUUUGUUUUCCAGGUGUUCUGUGUGGGGUUGUGGUGUCUGGACGAAUACUGGUACUACAGUGUUUUCACGCUGUUCAUGCUGGUGGCGUUCGAGGCCUCUCUGGUCCAACAGCAAAUGAGGAAUAUGUCCGAGAUCCGCCGCAUGGGAAACAAGCCCUACAUGAUCCAGGUAUAUCGCAACAGGAAGUGGAGACCAAUUUCAAGUGAUGAGCUUGUCCCUGGUGACAUUGUCUCAAUAGGACGUUCGCCUCAGGACAACUUGGUGCCGUGUGAUGUGCUGCUACUCCGGGGUCGUUGCAUUGUGGAUGAGGCCAUGCUGACCGGAGAGUCGGUGCCCCAAAUGAAGGAGCCCGUGGAGGAUUUGGACCCGGAGCGAAUUUUGGACACGCAGACAGACUCUCGACUCCACAUCAUCUCUGGGGGCACAAAAGUCGUUCAACAUAGCCCGCCUUUAAAGGCCAGCGCUGGACUCAAACCUGUAGACAACGGCUGUGUGGCCUACGUACUGAGAACAGGAUUCUACACCUCUCAGGGUAAACUGUUACGGACCAUCCUCUUCGGUGUGAAGAGAGUGACGGCAAACAACCUGGAGACUUUCAUUUUCAUCCUCUUCCUCCUCGUGUUCGCCAUCGCUGCAGCUCUUUACGUGUGGGUAGAAGGGACCAAGGACCCCAGCAGGAACCGCUACAAGCUGUUUCUGGAGUGCACGCUAAUCCUCACUUCGGUGGUUCCACCAGAACUCCCCAUAGAGCUUUCUCUGGCUGUGAACACAUCUCUUAUCGCCCUGGCUAAACUCUAUGUAUUCUGUACCGAGCCCUUCAGGAUACCGUUUGCAGGGAAGGUGGAGGUUUGCUGUUUUGACAAAACAGGAACACUGACCAGUGACAGUCUGGUGGUACGAGGAGUAGCAGGCCUCAGAGAAGGAAAGGAGGUGAUGCCUGUAUCUGAGAUCCCAGUCGAGACACAUCGGGUGGUGGCCACCUGUCACUCACUGGUCACUCUGGAUGAUGGACAGCUGGUCGGAGAUCCACUGGAGAAGGCCAUGCUGACCGCCGCUGACUGGACCCUCACUAAAGAUGAAAAGGUGUUUGCACGAGGCAUCAAAACCCAGGGACUAAAGAUCCACCAGCGUUUCCACUUUGCCAGCGCUUUGAAGAGGAUGUCAGUCCUCGCCUCCUACGAGAAACUCGGCUCCACUGAACUCUGCUACAUUUCAACUGUGAAGGGAGCUCCAGAGACACUCAGAGGAAUGUUUGCAGAAUGUCCGGCGAAUUACGACGAAGUCCACAAGGAAAUGUCUCGGGAAGGGGCCAGAGUGCUGGCCUUGGGUUACAAAGAGAUAGGACACCUCAGCCAUCAGCAGGUCCGGGAGAUGAGUCGCGAUGCUCUGGAGUGUGACUUGCAUUUCGCCGGGUUCAUGGUUGUGUCCUGCCCCCUCAAGAGUGACAGCAAGGCCGUCAUCAGAGAGAUCCAGGAGGCAUCUCAUCAUGUGGUGAUGAUCACAGGCGACAACCCACUGACGGCGUGCCAUGUAGCGAGAGAGCUCCACUUCAUCCAGAAAGAACACACACUUGUAUUGCAGCAAGGCCCCGGUCAGGGUACGUGGCAGUGGGAGUCCAUCGAUGGCAGCGUGUGUCAACCGCUGCCCCCUCCCUCCGUUUCCUCAUUCGUGCAACAGUUUGACCUGUGUGUAACGGGGGAGGGGCUUGCCAGACUGAGCUGUGACACCCCGCUACUCCACUCUCUGUUGCCUUACAUCCAGGUGUUCGCCCGUGUCAGCCCAAAACAGAAGGAAUUUGUCAUCACGAGUCUAAAGGGGCUUGGUUACGUGACACUGAUGUGUGGUGACGGCACGAAUGAUGUCGGAGCUCUCAAACACGCCCACAUAGGUGUUGCUCUGUUAGCCAACGCCCCUGAGCGUAUGCCUGAAAGAAGGAAACGGGGGAGAGAAAAGGAGGCACCCGUAGCAGAAUCCAGACCGUUACCGCCGGUCAGUUCAGGAGGUAAACUGAGUUCGAGGGCGGCCAGGCAGAGGGUGAUGGCCCAGAGAGAAGAGCAGCUGGCAGCACAAAAGGAGAGGAUCAGUCAAGUCUUACGGGAACUUGAAGAGGAUCAGGUACAAGUAGUGAAACUGGGUGAUGCUUCCAUCGCUGCCCCCUUCACCUCCAAACUCUCCUCCAUACAGUGCAUCUGCCAUGUAAUAAAGCAAGGCCGUUGCACUCUGGUGACAACGCUCCAGAUGUUCAAGAUCCUCGCUCUCAAUGCCCUGGUGCUGGCCUACAGCCAGUCUGUGCUCUACCUCGAGGGGGUCAAGUUCAGCGAUUUCCAAGCGACCUUGCAGGGCCUGCUUUUGGCCGGAUGCUUCCUCUUCAUCUCUAGAUCAAAGCCACUGAAAACGUUGUCUCGAGAGCGGCCCUUACCAAACAUCUUCAAUCUCUAUACGGUGUUGACUGUGCUGCUGCAGUUCGCUGUUCACUUCUGUAGUCUGGUGUAUCUUUACAAAGAGGCACAAAGCAGAAGUCCACCCAGAGCGGAUAUGUUUGCAGAUCUGUAUAAAGAGUUUGAACCCAGUCUAAUUAACAGCACUGUGUAUAUAAUGUCCAUGGCCAUGCAGAUGGCCACCUUUGCCAUUAACUACAAGGGCCACCCCUUCAUGGAGUCUCUCAGCGAGAAUCGACCUCUACUAUGGAGUAUCGCUCUGUCGGGUUUAGCGAUUGUUGGACUUCUUUCUGGUUCCUCGCCAGAAUUCAAUGAACAGUUUGCUCUUGUAGAUAUUCCAACUGAGUUCAAAUUAAUCAUUGCCCAGGUUCUGGUGGUGGACUUUGUCGCCGCUCUGCUGGUGGACCGUAUCCUGCAGUUCCUGCUGGGCAAAGGAACUCUCAGGCUGCCUUCUUGAACUCAGUGCCAACAGCGACCGCUGCCCUCACCAACCAAACUGUAAAGGGAGAGAAAACUUUGGCGGAGGAAGAGAAUUAAAGCUGUUGUGACAUACACGAGACAGCUGAGACAGUCAUGGCGUGCAGUACUGAACACUCCGUGUAUCCCUUCCUUCGUCCUGCUCUGCCCCUCCUUAACCAUCUGCGUUUCUGCCUUUUCAUCAGCUCUUUUUUUUUUCAAUUCUCUUUUCUUCAUAAUAUUUUUCUACAUUUCUCUCUCUCUCUUUCUUCAUCUGUCCCUCCCGGCUGCCACACAAGGCCAUGAAGACAGCAGUAUUGAGUGGAGUGCGAGACUGUGUGCCAGCCAGCGUGAAACAUACAGGAACACAGAAAAGGGCGUUCUCCGAGAGAAUUGCAAAAGUGUUUUUCAUUUUUUUGAUUCCUCUCCUUGAUUUUGUAAAAAGUGAAAAAAAACAUCUCUAACAGACUUAUAAAGACUUACAGAUACAAAUAAA